GAGCGGAUCCGGCCGAGCAGCGCUGCUGCGUAGUUCCGAGUAGCUUGACGAAAGACGUUUGCUCUUCUCUGGUAUUCGAAGGAGCCUGUCACGCACGGCUGUUCAUCUCCCUUUGGAGAUCUUUGUUAAUGUGCCUGUAAACAAACAAAAAAACAUAUAUAUCCGUUCAGUAAUCACGUAUAAUAAGCAGUCUUUGCUUUCGUUUAUUCCUUUUCGUUUUGCUUCAUGAAGAUGCGACACGCCCCACCAAAUGCAGUGCAGCGUCGUCGCGUUGGCCGCCUCCUGCGCUCCGUUGACGUGUAUGUCGUCUUCGCCAUCUUGGGUGUAGUCGGGUACAUUAUUGUGGUGAAUUUAGCAGCGGAGACGGUCUCGAUGAACAUCCAAGAUGGCAUCGAGACCCAACGGGCGACGGCCGCUGCUGACGGGGCGGCGGCGGAGCUGCCGGCUGAGGUGUAUUGGCCGUACAAAUGGCCCACAGAGCCGCUCGCGGAGGUAAAGAUCGUACGGGACGCGACAAGGUUUGUAGAGGCGUCGCUCAUGCGCCUCGCACCGCUGGUGGCGCGCUUGCCCGCCGCACAACUCGCUCUGUGGGACCUUCUCCUUCUCACUGGAGUCAAAACGGAGGCGACGGUCACAGCUGUUGAGUUACGACGCAUCGUGACGGCAGCGCUGUCGCCGUCCCCGUCGCCUCCAUCGCGAGAGACGACGGCGGCGGUGCGCGAGGCCGUGGAAAGCGCAGCGGCAGUGUGGGCGGUGAAGGGCAUGUCCGCAGAGGUGGCGGAGGCGCAGAACAUCGUCAGCGAACUUCUCCCGUCUCCGUCUCCGUCUCUCGUCUCUUUAAGUUUAGCUUCCUCGUCGUGGGAGUCGCUGACGAGUGCGAUCUGGGGCGCGGCGACGCACGCAGAGCCGACGGCAACAAUUAACCUUCAGCAGGCCUACCAACACGUGCUGAACGUUAGUAAGCAGUUCUGGGCACCGGCGAGGCGUGGGGUGCCGCUGUCCCUCGCGCACCAGCACCUUCUCCCCCUGCAGGGCGGCUCCUACGACGCCGUCGUUCCGCUGACCCGCCUGCUGCUACACCUUUGGAUCCUCGGCGAUCGUCGUGCGGCGUCGUUGGUGGCUGCCUACGACGCGGCGGUAGGCACCAUCCUCCGCGAUCUGGUGCACACCCGCACCGUCGCAGAUGGACCGUACACCAUGAACUACACAUUUGUGGCCGCCUCGGCCGAGUACGUCGUACCGAUGGCCGCACCACGCACCUGUGCCCUUGCUGGGCUGCUUGCGCAGGGAGUCCGGCACGGUGCCCACCGCUACCCGGAUAGGUCCGCCACGUUGAAGUACACGGAAGAUGACGUCUUGAAGGCGGCGGAGGCCCUCGCUACCUCGUGUUUUCAGCAGUACACCGAUCCGGCGGGUCAUCGCCUGCGCCGCGCGGUGUACGUGACCAGCCACGGACCGGUAGCGGGGCUGGUGAGCAUGGGGGAGGGGAAGGAUGAUGGCCGUGGCACACCGACCAGUCGCACUACCUCGUGCGAUGUCCCUUUCCUGCUGCUCGAGUCGUUCUACGAGCUGUACCUGACGACGCAGGACGCCAUGUACGGGCUUUGGUCGUUGCUGGUUAUGAGCGACGGCACGUCAGACCACUGCGCUGUGACGGCGCGUGACAUUACGAGUGCCGGUCCAUGGGUGCGAUAUGCGCGGGAGCUGCGGAGUCUCGUGCUGCUGGUGCAACGAAUGGAUUGUCUCAUCUACCGCCGUUCACGCGGCACGCGUGGGUUGUGUGAGGUGACGGCCACCACGAUGGUGUCGCCCUUCACGGGUCAUCUGGUGCGGCUUCCGGCCAGGAACGUCCGCUAA